AUGAAAGGGAUUGCGAGGCUUGUAACUUGUUUUUCGCGGCUCGGAGGAAGUACGGUUUCUUCGUCGUCUUCCUCUCUUCUGGUCUCUCGUCGCUCGCUCUUCAUUUCGGCGGCAACGCACUUUCCGACCAAUUCACGUGAUUCUGCUCUCGCCUCUUCGACAUCUUCUUCACUUGCUCAGAAAUGGCCUGUCUUUGUAGGGCAGAGAAGGACGAUGUUUAUCCAAACACAGUCAACUCCAAAUCCGUCUUCUCUAAUGUUUUAUCCUGGCAAGCCAGUCAUGGAAGUUGGAAGCGCUGAUUUCCCUAAUGUUCGUUCGGCUUUAGGCUCACCAUUAGCCAAGUCCAUUUACGCCAUCGAUGGUGUAGUUCGAGUCUUCUUUGGUGCAGAUUUUGUGACUGUGACAAAGUCAGAUGAUGUACCGUGGGACAUCCUCAAGCCUGAAGUAUUUGCAGCAGUCAUGGAUUUCUAUUCUUCUGGACAGCCUUUGUUUCUAGACGCACAAGCUGCUGCUGCCAAGGACACCGCCAUCAACGAGGAUGACUCUGAAACAGUAGCAAUGAUUAAGGAACUCUUGGAAACGCGCAUCAGACCAGCAGUGCAAGAUGAUGGUGGAGACAUCGAGUAUUGUGGGUUUGAUCCGGAGAGCGGUAUAGUGAAGCUGAGGAUGCAAGGAGCUUGUAGCGGUUGUCCAAGCUCGUCUGUUACUUUGAAAUCAGGAAUCGAAAACAUGCUCAUGCAUUAUGUAACCGAGGUGAAAGGUGUAGAACAAGAGUUCGAUGGGGAAGAAGAAGAGGAAGCAACGUUGUCUGGAGAGGUGAGAGAGUAG